UCCCUGCGGCUGGGUGAGGGGAGCCGCAAGCCACCUCCGCCCGUCAACGAGGGGAAGGAGGGGAGUAAGACACUUCACCGCGGACUCCUGGCAGCGCGGGCGAGGUAGUGAGGCCCUGGGAAGGCUGGUGGUGGUCUCUGACGAUCAAUUCUGUGUUCCAUUUCACCUUCAAUGAGCUGUGUUCCCGUUCUGAAGACUUCUACACGCCCAUACACCCGCCCACGCCGCGCCCACGUCCAUCCUAGCAGCCAUGUACGGCUUCGUGAAUUAUGCCAUAGAACAAUUGGUGGUGCGGAACUUCGGGGACGACACGUGGGAAGAGAUCAAGCGUGAGGCGGAGGUGCACAUGGACGGCUCCUUCCUCGUCAGACUCACGUACGAGGAUGAAAUCACCUACAACAUUGUGGGGGCUGCCGAGAGAGUGCUGGGUGUUCCCGGCACGGCUAUCCUGGAGAUGUUCGGCAAAAUGUUCUUCAAGUUUUGCCAGGAGUCUGGUUAUGACACCAUCCUGCAAGUCCUCGGUGCCACUGUCGGGGACUUCCUGCAGAACCUGGACGCUCUGCACGACCACCUGGCCCUUAUCUACCCGGGAAUGAAGGCGCCCAGCUUCCGAUGCUCCAAGAGAGAGGAGGACGGUGCUCUCAUCCUUCACUACUACUCAGACCGCCCAGGGCUCGAGUACAUCGUUAUUGGCAUCGUCAAGGCCGUGUCGGAGCAGCUUCACGACACAGAGGUGGAGGUGGAGAUUCUGAAGACCAAGGAGGAGGAGGGCCACGUGCAGUUCCUCAUCACCGAGAAGGACACCCAGACGACCCAUAACAUCAGCGAAACCACCUACGUGCUGGACAUGGACACCGAAAGCAAGAUCAGCCCCAGGACCUUCUGCCAGGUGUGCCCUUUCCACCUCAUGUUCGACCGCGACCUGCAAGUGCACCAGGCUGGGGACUCCAUCUCCCGCGUGCUGCCCUCCGUCAGCUACCCCGGCGCCUCUUUGGAGAAGCUCGUCCAGAUUGUGCGUCCCCACAUGGACCUCACCUUUGAGAACAUUUUGUCCCACAUUAACACCAUCUACGUGCUUCGUGCCUACGAGGGCCUCACCACUGCUGCCCGGGACGAGUCCAGCCCCGAACAACGCUGCCUCAGGUUGAAGGGUCAGAUGAUCUACCUCCCCGAGACGGACUUAAUGCUGUUUGUGUGCUCGCCCUCUGUCCUCAACCUAGACGACCUGUACCGCCGCGGCCUCUACCUCUCGGACAUCCCCCUGCACGACGCCACCAGGGACCUCGUGCUCCUAAGCGAGAAGUUCGAGGCGGAGUACGCGCUUACCACCAACCUCGAGAUCUUGACCGACAAGCUGCAGCAAACCCACCGCGAACUGAAGAGCGAGAGACAGAAAACGGAUAAGUUGCUCUACUCAGUCCUACCAAUCAGUAUUGCCAAUGAACUGCGGCACAAGAGACCCGUGCCGCCGCGGAGGUACGAGGUGGUAACACUGCUCUUCUCGGGCAUCGUGGGGUUUACCGACUACUGUUCCCGACACACAGACAUCGCCGGAGCCUCCAAGAUUGUACGGAUGCUAAACGACCUCUACACCGCCUUUGACGUGCUGACCGACGAAGUCAAGAACCCAAAUGUUUACAAGGUGGAGACGGUGGGGGACAAAUACAUGGCGGUGAGCGGACUGCCGGAGACCUGCGACCACCACGCCAAGUGCAUUGGUAACCUAGCCCUGGAUAUGAUGGACAAGGCAGCGGGAGUCAUUGUGGACGGCCAGCGCGUGCAAAUCACCAUCGGCAUCCACACGGGCGAGGUGGUGACGGGCGUGAUAGGACAGAGGAUGCCGCGCUACUGUCUCUUUGGCAACACUGUCAACAUCACCUCGAGGACGGAGACGACAGGAGAGAAAGGACGGGUCAACGUGUCUGAGGUGUCGUACAGGUAUCUGCAGCAGCCGGAGAACCAAGAUGAUGGGUUCACCUUCACCUACCGCGGCCCUGUACCCAUGAAGGGGAGGAAGGAGCCGAUGCAGGUGUGGUUCCUCAGCAGACGGAAAACAGCAUGAAGGCACUGAAGGCAAGGAGCAGCUGAACAAGAGAAAGGAAGAAAGACGAAUACUAAUGAUUCGCCCGUAAAAUUUCUACCAAAGAUUUAGAUUAUUAAUGGAUUUUAUUAUUAUUAUUAUUAUUAUUAUUAUUAUUAUUAUUAUUAUUAUUAUUGCAAUGUAUUGUUCGUUUUUUUUUCUUUUUUUUACCGUGUUUAUUUUUUCUAUACUGUAGCAAUUUUGCACGAUUUGUUUUUAAUCCGUUCUUACCACCACUGUUUUAUAGUUGUUAAUUUAAAUCAUAUUAGUGUUACCUGAGUUGACAUCACACGGCAUUAAUGUUGUGUAAAAACUGAAAAAAAAAAGAUAUAUAUGGCACGUCUAUAGACAACCUAUUUGUGUAGGGGAGAGACUAUAAUAGUAUAUGGGUAUUUACCUUUACACUGUAACCGCUUGUUCUGAUUUCAUUUGUGAUUCAUUAUGUAAACGGGAUUAACUGUUUACGAAGGUCACUGAUUUUCGUGUUCUUCCUGUGUUAAAAACAAAAAAAAUGCCAUAAACAUUUUGUGUUGAGGCGUUUUGCUCUCAGGUGAUCUGGUCUUCGUGUGUGUGUGUGUGUGUGUGUGUGUGUGUGUGUGUGUUGAUAUUCUAAGAGAUCUA